AUGGCAGUCUGGGAACAGUUAGAGGUAUCAAAGGCACAUGUUGCUUAUGCAUGUGUUGGUGUUUUUUCCUCCAUCUUUUCUUUAGUGUCUUUAUUUGUUAAAGAAAAAUUAUAUAUUGGUGAAUCUACCGUUGCCGGUAUAUUUGGUCUAAUUGUAGGGCCGGUUUGUUUAAAUUGGUUUAAUCCAUUGACAUGGGGGAAUUCGGAUUCCAUUACAUUAGAAAUAACAAGAAUUGUCUUGUGUUUACAAAUUUUUGCUGUUGCUGUCGAAUUACCAAGAAAAUACAUGCUUAAACAUUGGUUAUCAGUGGUCUUACUAUUAGUUCCUGUAAUGACUGCGGGCUGGCUGAUUAUUGGAUUAUUUGUCUGGAUCAUUAUACCAGGGCUAAAUUUUCCUUCCAGUUUAUUAAUAUCCGCAUGUAUCACUGCCACGGAUCCUAUUUUAGCACAAUCUGUUGUAUCAGGUAAGUUUGCUAAAAGAGUGCCAGGCCACUUGAGAAAUUUGUUAUCCGCAGAAUCCGGUUGUAAUGAUGGUAUGGCUUUCCCGUUCAUUUAUUUAUCAAUGAAUCUUAUUUUGCAUCCUGGAAACGGACGUGAAAUAGUUAAAGAUUGGAUCUGUGUCACCAUUCUAUACGAAUGCAUCUUUGGAUGUAUUCUAGGGAUUUUCAUCGGAUACAUUGGAAGAAGAUCAAUUAAAUUCGCUGAAGAGAAAAAUAUUAUCGAUCGUGAAUCCUUUUUGGCCUUUUAUGUGGUUCUUGCAUUCUGCUGUGCUGGGUUCGGUUCUAUUUUAGGGGUUGAUGAUCUGUUGACAUCCUUUGCUGCAGGUACAACAUUCGCCUGGGAUGGUUGGUUUAGUGAUAAAACUGAAGAAAGUAAAGUCUCCACAGUUAUUGAUCUUUUAUUAAAUUAUGCAUAUUUCAUCUAUUUCGGUGCUAUCAUUCCCUGGAGUCAAUUUAAUAAUGGCGAGAUUGGUUGCAACGUUUGGAGAUUGAUCUUAUUAUCGAUCAUUGUCAUUUUUUUAAGAAGAAUACCAGCGGUGAUGAUACUUAAACCUUUUAUACCUGAUAUCAAAUCAUGGAGAGAAGCUAUCUUCGUAGGCCAUUUCGGUCCAAUUGGUGUAGGUGCAAUCUUUGCUGCGAUUUUGUCUCGUGCAGAACUGGAAGCUCAUGUUACUGAUGAACCAACCCCCUUGAAACAUAUUCCACCGAAAGGCACUGAACAUUGGCAGUUAAUGGCUUGUGUUUGGCCCAUGACUUGUUUUUUUAUUGUCACAUCAAUCAUUGUUCAUGGCUCUUCAGUCGCAGUCAUCACUUUGGGGCGCCAUUUGAAUUCAAUAACAUUAACCAAGACUUUUACUACCCAUACUACAAAUGGGAAUGGAAAAUCCUCUUGGAUGCAAAGAUUGCCAUCUUUGGAUGCUGCAGGUCGUUCCUUUUCACUUCAUAGAUUGGAUACUUUCACACAGAAGGAGAUCUCUAGAACGAGUACUGUGGAAACUAGUGGUAUACCUGCAAAGCCUGCAGGUGGGAUGAGAAGAAGAAAACAAGGAAAAAAGAAAAGUAAGUUGAGAAAACAUACGAGAAAGAUCUCUUCUGUUCAAAGAGAAAUUUUUGGUUCCAAAUCACACAACGAUGAAUUAAACGAUUUAGGAAGAGAAAGAUUACAACGUGAAAGGGAGGCUCGUGCUGCUACUUUUGCAUUAACCCCAUCUGUUAGGCCGACAGAAUUGCAUGAUGAUGACCUGGACAGGAUUCAACCUUAUAAUGGGAGAAUAGAAAACAGAAGUAAUUCUAGCAACUUACCUGAAGAAGGAGGAAGUUAUGAAUCUAUUGUAGUUACAUCCCCAGUAGAGGCGUUAAAUAACUAUCCAAUGUAUGAAUCUGAUAUGGAAACGGAAGAAAAUAUUGACAGUGAAGAAGAAGAUAACUUUGAUGAAUAUGAUCCUCAACAGGCUAUUCCUGAUCAUUAUCCUCAAGAUAUAGAAAUGGGUAUUAAGAAUGUUCAUAAAGAUUUAGACGAUGUCUCCUCUACUACAUUGGAAGAAGAGGAAAAAAGAAGAAAAAUAGAAGAAGAUGAACACACAGGAAACACUGCAUAUAUAGAUGGCACACACCUUAUUAUUGAAAAUAAACAUGGUGAAAUUGUUGAACAAGCUGAAAUAGGUAACCCUCCUAGAGAUGAAGAAGAGGGAAGUAGAAUAGACAGUUAUUCUCAAAGUGAAUCUCAUAUAUCUCCAAUUCAAAGUAUAGCUUCUAGUAGACCAUUGGCACCAUUAAAGAAAAUUUUAUCUCCUGAAUCUCUUCAUAAAAUACAAUCUUUAGUCGAUGACAGUCAAUCUCAAAGAAAUACCAUAUCUUCUAAAGACAGCAAUGUGGAUGAACAAUCUCAUAUUUCUAAAAAAAAAACCAAGUAUCACGCUUAUAAGAUGGACCAGCAUUUAAUUAUUGAAAAUGAGGAUGGUGAGAUUAUAAGGAGAUAUAUGAUUCACCACCAUCCAAGCUCACAGAAAAAAAAAUCUGAUGCAAUUGUCAAUAGAGUGCUAAAUUCUGUAGGAAUACGUCGGAAUAUUUCAAUUAGCUCAGAUGCAAAUACAAUACCAUCUUCAACGUCUCUUGACAAUGAUAUACCACUUGAACAAUUGACAAAAAAACAUAGAACGUUAACUCCAGCACCUCAUAAAGUAGCAAGACACGCAUCUAUAUCAGAUAGUGAAGAGAUUGACAAUAGUAGUAGAGAAGACAGUUAUAAUGACGAUGAAGGGGAUACUACUGAUGAAUCAUAUACUGAUGAAUAUAUUGAUGAUUCAGAAGAAGAGUCAGAGACUGAAUUUGAGAGACAACGAAGAUUACAUGCCUUAGGCCAAGCUCCAGCACCUCAAACAAAUGCUAACAAUAAUAGAGAUAACAAUGAUAAUAUUAAUGUUUAUCUAAAUGAAGAAGAUGAAGAAGAAUAUCCAGUUACAAGUCCAUCCGCUACAGGAAAUCAUGGAGGGCAUCCAAAAUCAAAUACGUUAAUGGAAAAAUUUUCCAACAAGAUAGGCAAGAAAUUCAGAUUUUAA